AUGGACACUCUCGGCCAUCGUCAGUUGGAAAUUGUUCAUCCGCGAUUGGUCAAAACUUUCAACAUCAGAGCCAGCGUGUCACCAUACGAGACACCUGCGCCGUUCAUGUCCGUGAUUGACGAAUACGUGUAG